GAAUGUUGUUGUUUUACAUUUUUUUUUCUGAAGGAGUUUACUGAUUGAAUUUUUAUUUCAUGCAGGAGUCAUUUAAGAUGGCUACACGUUUCAGAAUAGCCGAAGCCGACCGAUUUUUCGAUCAAGUAACCAACUUGGCUCACAUUGCUAAUGCAAACAAGAUUGUGAAAGAGAAGCUUACGCCAACGUAGUUAGACAUGUUCAAGAAAACAGUUUUUUGGCGAUUUGUAGACGUUGACAUGGUGGUUAACAGCCCAAUUAUCCAUCACAUGUUGCUUAGAGAAGUGAAGAGGACAAGAUCAGACUCAAUGUCAUUCUCUGUUUGUGGGAAGGUUGUCACUUUUUUGAAGGAUGAUUUUUUGUUGAUGACUGGUUUGUGGCAAUCCCCAACACGAGUUGAUCGGAACCAGCAGUCCUCAUAUGAACUUGCUAUCAAGUAUUUUGGUAAUCGAGUAACGAAGGACACUUCACACCUACGUCAACUUGAAGAAAAAUAUAAGGACUUAGAGUUUGAAAAUGAUGAUGAUGUUGUGAAGAUCAGCCUAGUUUACUAUACUGAGGUUGCAAUGAUGGGAAAAAACAAACAAAAAGAUGCAAUCAACCUCAAACGUUUCAAGGACGUUCAAAACUUGAAGUACUACAAUAGUCUUGAUUGGGGUACCAUUAUUUGGGAGAGGACAUUGGAUGCCCUAAAGAUUGCGUUAAAUGAUAAGAGCAGUCUAUACAAGACGAGGGUCAAAGCAAAUAAAAACUACGUUGUGAAGUACUCCUUACGUGGAUUUUCACAAGCGUUCUAUGUAUGGACAUACGAGAUCCUAGCUUCAUCGAUAGCUGGGAACAUUGCGGAGCGAAGGAGCAAGAGAGAGAUAUUUGAGUCUAACAAUAUAAAGGUUAAAAAGGGCACUGUCAUGUCAGAUGCUGAAAGGGAGUUUCGGGAUACCCUAGUGGACAGACGACCUAUAUUUGAGCUAGGUGGGGAUGAUGAUAGUUCUGAAAGUGGCAAUAGGUUAACUAGUGAGGGGGGUAGUCCUGAAAGUGAAAGUGACGGUGAUGAUCAUCGUGGAGAUGACAAUGAUGAAGUUGUCAGGGUGGAGGGAGGGGAUGAACUUGAGCAUUCUGAGCACGAGGAUGCUGAAUAUGGAAGGGUGAAAGGAGGGACAUACACACCUAGUGAUGAUAUGAUGGGGGACGUACGCGAGGAGGACGAGUUGAACCAACUUGAUGUCUAUCUUGCGAACUCCGGUAGAGAGCGACCUGUGGAUGAUGAGUGAACCAACUUGAUGUCUAUCUUGCGGACUCCGGUAGAGAGCGACUUGUGGAUGAUGAGUGUCCUGAGUGUGCUGCCCGCCGCAGGGAGGGAGCCAAUCCCAACGAGUCUAUUUAUUCAUACUUGUGGUCUAUUGACAGCUCAUUAUCAAGGUUUGAUGGUCGUAUAUCGGGUUUAGAUAGUCGUGUAUCCAGUAUAGAGGAAAACAUGACUGACAUGAAAGGGCAACUGUCGGCCAUUCUGUCAUUGUUGUAGUCUAUGUGCAAGGUUUCCACGGUGAAUGAGGUGACGACCAGGUCACCCAUCCCAUCUCAGGAUCCCAAUACGACUGCGACUACCUCUGACACUCCCAUCCCCAUCCCCCCUCUACAGCCCGAUACCACCACUUCACCUACUCCCACCCCCCCUGUACAGCCCGAUACUGCCACGACAUCACCAAUUGACGUCAAACCUAUACAGGCUGACGCCCCACAAAUAGAGCCUGACAUGUCUGUCUUACUCACCAUGCCACAUACAGAGGCUGACAUGUCUGGCAUCCCAAAGGCUGACACUUCUUGGAUUGUUACGACCACAAAAGGAGUUCCACUGGAAUCUCAAAGAAUUAGUCGUAAGAGAAAACCUGUUGAUAAAUAUACACCCCUAGCCCAAGUAAAGAAGAAAAGUGUGGUUAAACAUCCUCUCCCAGGUGUAGCUACGUCACUAUCCAGAUCGAUCGUCACAUAUAACGUAGCAAACGAUGUUCCACACAAUAUCCUUACAGAAAUGAUGGCUGGAUCUCGGACGACAAUACGGACAAUGAGGUUCGAGAGAACUCCUUUAAACCACUCGCCAAGCAAUUCUUCAAGGAAUUGAUUACCCCGAAUUCGUUGAUCGAGUGCGAUAUCAUAAAUACUUUAUUUUAUUUUAUUAAAGAUAAAUUUUAUACCCGGCCUGACAUGUGCAUGCACAAGUUCACCAUCUUGCCAAUUGGUGUAAUGAGUCACCUUAAUGCUCAUGGCGGGGUAUUUAAAGGAAUAAAGAAUAAGUCACUUCUAGAGGCUGCCCUAGCAUGGGAAGAUGAAGACACGUAUAAAAACUAUGUCACCGGUAAAUUCGAUAUCAAAUGGGCAGAUGUGGAUUUCGUUUAUAUGGCGAUUAAUAUCAGUGACCACUGGAUGGUCCUUGCAAUGGACAUUAACAGAGGCCACAUAUUCGUGUUCGAUUCACUUCCGUCAUACACACCAAUGACAAAGCUGGUGAAUUGGCUAGAGCCAUUGACGGUCCCAAUACCAUCCCUACUUCACUACUGUGACGAGGAUCGUUCAAAACCGGACCUAUCCACAGCCCGUUGGAAAAUCUCACGACCUAUGAACGUCAACAUACAACACGGGUUGCUUUAUUGUGGCAUCUUUGCAAUCAAACUACUGGAACACCUGGUGACUGGUGUUGAUCCAUCCGUAAUCACUUAGGAGAAGAUGAGUAAAUAUAGUAUGCAGUUAGCGUAUCAACUAUGGGCAAACACUCCAUAUUUUUUAUAUGUAUAGAACAUGUAUUUUUUAUUGUAUUUUUUAUGUAUGUAAAAACAUUCAUUUAUUUUUUAUGUAUGA